GGUGUGUGGAGCCCCGACAUUGAGCAGAGCUUCCAAGAGGCCCUGGCCAUCUACCCGCCCUGCGGCCGGAGGAAGAUCAUCCUCUCUGAUGAGGGCAAGAUGACGGAACGAGCUGAUAGCACGCUACAUCAAACUGCGCACUGGAAAAACGCGGACCAGGAAGCAGGUGUCCAGUCACAUCCAGGUCCUAGCACGAAGGAAGGCCCGGGAGAUCCAGGUGAAGCUGAAGGACCAGGCCGCCAAAGACAAGGCGCUACAGAGCAUGGCCACCAUGUCCUCGGCACAGAUCAUCUCCCCCGCGGCCUUCCAGAACAAGAUGGCGCUCCAGGGGCUCUCCAGGCCGGCUUACCCCACGGCUGGUGGGUUUUGGCACGGGGCUCUUCCGGGACAGCCAGGAGGCCAUGAAGACAUUAAGCCCUUCUCCCAACAGAGUUACACCAUGCAAGCGUCCGGCCCGGCCCCCAUAACAGGUUAUGAAAGCACUGCAGGGCUGUCCAUGUCACCCGGUGCGCCCCCUUGGCAGGGGAGAUGUAUCGCCAGCUCCAAGCUGCGAAUGCUGGAGUUCUCCGCCUUCCUGGAGCAACCUCAGGACCCAGACACUUUCAACAAACACCUUUUCGUGCACAUCGGUCAGUCCAACCCCAGCUACAGCGACCCCUACCUGGAGUCGGUGGAUGUCAGGCAGAUCUACGACAAAUUCCCUGAGAAGAAAGGAGGCCUGAAGGAGCUGUUCGACAAGGGGCCACACAAUGCUUUCUUCCUUGUCAAGUUCUGGGCGGACCUGAGUGUGAACCUGCAGGACGACAGCAGCUUCUUCUACGGGGUUUCCAGCCAGUACGAGAGCUCCGAGAGCAUGAUCAUCACCUCGUCCACCAAAGUCUGCUCCUUUGGCAAGCAGGUGGUGGAAAAAGUGGAGACCGAGUACGCCCGCUUCGAGAACGGCCGCUACAUGUUCCGCAUCCACCGCUCUCCGCUGUGCGAGUACAUGAUCAACUUCAUCCACAAGCUCAAACACCUGCCCGAGAAAUACAUGAUGAACAGUGUCCUGGAGAACUUCACCAUCCUGCAGGUGGUGUCCAACAGGGACACCCUGGAGACGCUGCUGUGCGUCGCUUACGUCUUUGAAGUGUCCACGAGCGAGCACGGCGCCCAGCAUCACAUCUACAGGCUCGUCAAAGACUGACACCAACGCGGCAACGUCGCCGCACCUCCGCACAAAGACGCGCGCGCGCACUCCUCGGCGAGCUUCGGGCUCGAGGGGUCCCGAACGUUUCCCAGGGACGAACGAACGACACUACUGAGGAUUGUGAAGAACGGGGAACCAGGCUCGGUGCGUUGAUAGUGACAGGAAAGGACCAUAAUGCACUCGGGUCUUCAUACCAAAGCCUGGCCUCGGAAAAGACCUGCAUGAGAGCAUUGUCGUUGGUGUUUUCUUCUUCUUUUUUUUUUUUUAAAUAUGAUUCUGCUAGAGCUUGUUUUUGCUUAGAUUGUCAUGCAUGUGCAGGAGUUUGGCUGACUCAGGGUGCCACCUACUGACUGAAAGAAGAAUGGCACACACCUAACUGAAAGUGUAAGGCAGAAAAUUGCACAACCUGUUUUAUUAUAUUGUUUUUUUUUUUGUUUUUGUCGCAGUGCCAAUCACGUGUGUGCUCUUUGAAUAAUGACCUUGUAAACCUGCCACGCGUACGACGGGACGAGGGAUGCUGAAGACGUGAUCAGUGGCGGUCCUUUUGUGUUCGUGUGUUUGCUGUUUGAAUGUCUCCCGUGUUGUCUUAAGACUCCCAACAACAAUAACAACAAAAAAAAAGGCACAUAAUGACGAUAAUAAUAGUAAAAGUGAUAACACGGCUACCUUGAAGCACAGCACAGUUGGAUCUGUAUGUGGAUUGCAGAGGUCGACUGUCUCCUUGCCCUGAAGUGUCCGAUGAAAAUAUAAGUGUUUCUUACAAAAAUGA